GGCCCUUAGCAGCAGUUGUAACGUCCGAGCUGUCACGAACGGCUUCUGGACUGUUCUUUUGGUCCUCGAAUAAUUUUCUACAGCAACGGCCUCGCCUCUGCAUUGAAUAGAAUUCUGACGAAGUCUCGCGUGCGUCAUAGCUUCCACAACCCAUAUUGUUGCUUGGCUCUGUUGAGGGCCGUGUGCGUUACGUGCUCUAGACUCAGCUCUCAUCCUAAGAUUUUUGAACGCUUUGCACGCUCUCUCGUCUGCGUCCUUAGGAAAAGCCAACGCCAUGCAACAAAAAUUGAAGUCCGUCUUUCGAAGGUCCAGUAAAUCGAGGAGUCACUCAGGCAAGCAUGAGCAAUUGGAUAGUAGCACCCGUCCCUCCAAAGCAAGCCCACCGCGUGGUGAUCACCAUCACGUGUCGAAUGGGAACCGCACCUCAGUCGAUUCGUCCGCAACUGGCUCCGUGUACACUGGCCGUAGCAGGCCUGUCAGUUCGAUAUACGACGACGCUCACCGAGCACCAACGGCUGAUGAUCUUAUAUCCUCUACCGACCCUGCUAUAGCGAACGAUUACAAGGCCUAUCUGCCUGUUCUCUCUCCAGUGAACGACCAACACGGCGAUGAAUACAUAACGAACGGUGGAGACAGGCAUACCACGGGAAGAAGUGAGGUGCGCCACGAGGAGGAUGUUGCUGAUCGCAACAUCGCGCGGUACAGUACCUCGUCUGAUGGCGGUCACCGCGCUUCAAACUUAGCCUCUGGACCACAGCACUCGCGAAAAACAUCUCUUGGUGCUGGUUCUGUCGGAUCUGCAUUGAGCCCGGUUCAAAGCACUGGCGUUCGACAGUACCCAGUGGGUCAAGACAUUACCAGGGGCGAUGGUGUGCAUGACGGUGUUCGCCCACACACCGAGACAACAUACGACACAAGCUCGCGAAAAAGACUGAGCUUCCCUCGCACGACUGCCCAGGUCAAUCCUGAGAUGGAGAUAAGGAAGCUGCGUAUUUCGGACAGUGACAAUAGCGCAGUCCAGUCGCGACGAGAUACAUACGAGGUUCGAGACUCACAGUCUGGUGUACGCCAUGCCACCGUGGACGGAACCGAGGAUGGAGAAGAGACGGCGCUAGCCAGAAAACUGCGUGAGGAUGGUGUCGCAGAUCUCAGAAACACAGUCGAUACGGAUGGAAACAUCACAUGGGCUCCCGCUGUUACGCACGAGGUAAUCAAGCCCCAUAAACACGAGAUCAUCCAGCACAAGAUCUACCGCGAGAUUCACAACUACGAACACUUCCAUCGCAUCCAGCCUGUCAUGAUGACCGAGGUUCUUCCACCCCGCCACUGGAUUCCCAACCCAGAUGGCGAAGGCCUGAUCGAAAUCUCUGCCGACGAGCUACCCGCCCGCACAGGCGAGAAUCGCUGGUGGUCCAUCUGCGAGCACGAAAGCCCGUACUCCCGCCUGUCCACACUCCCCAAGUACCGCACCGAGCCCGAAAUCAUCGAAGCCGGUGUCUUCAUGACUGAAGCUGGCUACGAGCGCAAAGAGACUAUCAUUAUCCACCCUCCCACCCUGGCCGACCUGACUGCGUACGCCGGGCCGGUGCAGGCGAUGCACUUCGACCACAAGACGGGUAAGAGCUGGAUGGGCGAGCUGACGACCAUGGACGAACUUCGCCGGCUUCAGCGGGAGCUGGACCGCGCGCCGGACACACGAGCUUUCGAAAUGGACGGACUUAAUAAGAGUCUACCAAGCCUGCCGUUGGAGGGUGCGCGGAGAGGGUCGACUUCUAUGCCCGCCCGCAAACCGGUCCAUGGGCAUCCUGCUGCAAUGCAUGGCGUGGGUACGAGACGAGAGAUGGCUGCUGCAUGAACGAUGUGUCUAGAUUUGAUGGGAUGUCCCGAGAUCUUUUGUAAACAUAGUCUGUACCUAUAGUGUUGAGGCUGAGGUUCGCGAUAGACCGUGUUCGGGCCUUUGUUUGGAGACAUUGC